UUACAAACAGACAAUGUCUGUAGGAAUGAGGAAAACCAUGAUCUUCCUCAUGCUGUUCCGUCCAGGGCUAUGCAGACUUUCUUCUUGCCUCACAUAUGAAUAUCACUUUGCAAACAUGAAUAAGAACUGGACUGAAGCACAGAGUUACUGCAGAGAGAACUACACUGACCUGGUUACCAUUGACAACCCAGAGGAAAUGAACAGAGUGAUUAACAGGGUAAACCUUACUGGUUAUACUGGACCAGCCUGGAUAGGACUGGAGAAGGGAAACUCAUGGAAGUGGCAGUGGUCCCUGGCAGACACACCUUCCUAUAAUGAAAAUGAUAUUGGCUUGUGGGACAAGGCAGCUAAUCAGCCUGAUUGGAUGAUCGGUGGGACUGAAGACUGUGGAAGACUGGAAAACUUGAAAUGGCAUGACUAUCCCUGUAACUUCAAAGCAUAUUUCGUUUGUUACAAUGGCGCACAAGGUACCACAAACCCCUACAUAUUAAUAGAAACAUAUCUGACGUGGAGAGAGGCUCAGAGAUACUGCAGAGAGAAUUACACAGACCUGGCCAGUGUGAGGACCCAGGUUGAUCAACAGCAGAUGAAGUCAUUGGUGUCAAGCACAGUGUGGAUCGGCCUCUUCAGAGACCCUUGGCAGUGGUCAGACCAGAGAAACUCCUCAUUCCGCUACUGGGCACCAGGAAAACCUGAUAAUAAUACUGGGAAUGAGAAGUGUACUGUAGCCUCGAUCACACAGACACUCAGUGGAACGUGGGAUGAUCGACAGUGUGGUGAAAAACACCCGUUCAUAUGUUAUGAUGAAAAGCCCCCACCGUACGAAGGAAAAAGAACAGUGGUGAAGGUGAAACUGAGUUCUGCUGCAAAUUUAAAAGAUCCUGACUUCAGCGACCAGAUUCUACAGCAGCUGCGUAAGGAGCUGAUCGGUCGAGCGAUGUCGGAGGACACACAGCUACGCUGGAGGAUUCAACCUGAUGGACAGAUUUUCCACUUGAGUGAGGAAGACAGCACUGGCCAUGAAGGAAAAUGUAACAUAACAUGA